CAUAAUAGUGCUUGCAAAAUCUGAACUGGCUAUCCUGGCCAUGACAGACUGAGAGGCCAGCUGCCUAUCAGGAGCUCUUUGGAGAAAGGACUGGAGGAAGUGGUGAGAAAAGACUAAAACAUGAAUAAUCUUGUGAGUGAACAGGAGGUAACUGAGAGAGGUGUUUAUAAUGAGGUUGUUUCCCUCCUGGCACACAUGGAUGACCAAGAUAAGGACAGAAUUGCCCUCAGGAUUGCCUCUAUAGCUAAGACCAACCUGGCUAGUGUUGUGAGAGUUCUGCUGGAGAAAUUGCAACAGGAUAAGCAAAACAGAGUAGCCAUUUACUAUAUCCUGGAGGAGGUAUUACAGCAGGACACCGGGGGCCUAGAGAUAAGGCUAGUGAAAAACAUUGUAAGCCUAGCCUCAGACCAGAUGAGAGAGACUCAGGAAGCAACAAAUGAAGUAAAAGUGGCAGCUAGCAACACGUUAGUGACUCUGGCAAGCUGCUAUUUUGAUCAUGUCAUGUAUGAGCUGCACUGUCAUCUGAAACCACCGAAGCUGCCUGAAGAGUUUAUUUUAGUUACGCUGGGCAACCUGUCAUCAGCCUAUGCACGUAAGUGUAUCCCUUUUGUGAGAGUGACCCUGAACACCAUGUUCUCCAUGCUGGAGUUCGUCAAGGACGGCAGGCUGAGACAAGCAUUUUGCGGUGUUCUGGAACAAUGGUCAAGGGCAGUACGUCUCUUUUUGGCUAACUGGGAAAAGUGCUCAUUCCCCAAAGUGGGCCAAUUGCGACUCUGCAAUCAUUUUCUUCCCGUCUACACUCAUGUGACCAGCAACUGGCUGACCUGUGAGGAGCCGGAGCUCAAGCAGGCUAUCAUCAAAGCCCUUGGUCCCAUGAUGAGCCUCCUGCUACACAAAGAGGAGUAUCAAGAUCAGAUAUUUGAACACCUCUCAUGGCUCCUUGAGCAAUAUAACGAAAACACUGAUGUUUUUCACGUCACCAAGAGUCUGAGCCAGCUCUUGGAGGUCUCUGGUGAAUAUAAGAUCCCUCUCCCUGACGGGAAGUUUCAAGCCAUCUGCAGUGCUCUGCAUAACCAGAUCUGUUCUCAAGCUAGGCCACUCAGCAUGGAAAAUCACACAGAGCUGGUCCAUUGUGUAGUUCAACUAGCCCGUUCUUCUCCAGAGGAUCUGAUAGCCUUUCUGCACUCACAGCUGAAGAUUAAGAAUGAGGCUGUUUGUGUGACCUCUUUGAAGCUGCUCAGAGCUAUUGUUGAUGCUGACUUGCCCGAGACAAGACCGAAAAAGUGUCUGAUUGUGAAGGCUGUGAAAUCUACUUUCAGUGAUCAGAAUGCUAUGAUCCAGAGGAGAGACUGCAGACUAGAGAAGGCAUGUCAUUAUCCUGACUGUGUUAAAUGGAUCCAUGUUUAUAAGCCAAGGAGAUCAAAUCAAAAGCAUAAGGACUCUCAUAUCCUAUCUCCUAUUUCAGGCAGAAGGGAUAACAAUAACUCAUGUGUGUCAUCUCUACCCUUGCAGGUGAGGAAGGCAGUUCUUCAUUUCAUCCAGAGGCUGCUCAGCUUACAAAGUGUGGAGAACUGUGCAGCUUGGGAUAUGGUAGCACAUGUUUUCACGGAGUUCAGUGUGUCCACCAGCAAACUGGCUAUUCCGGAAGAAAACACGAUCCAAACCCUGUGCACUGACAUCCUGCAAUGUCUGGACACCUCGGUCACUGGAAUGACCCAAGUGUUAUGGCCAAGGCUUCUCGAAUAUGUGGUGCCAGUUCAGUACACUGGUACUUUGAAGCCUCUCUGCAGAUGCCUUAGGGAGCUGGCUGAGAAAAAGCAGCAGGAAGGAGAAGAAGCUGCUUGCCUUGACUACGGUGGACCAGUGAAACUCCCUACACCCCAGGGGCUGCUGGCACGACUCCUGGUAGUAGCCUCGUCCCCUUAUGCAGGAGAAGGACACGGAUGUGCUGCCUUGCAGUUACUACAGGCCCUGCACCAAAAUAUCCAUGUAGCAGUGGGUGAGAUGUGGGGAGUAAAGAUCCCAUCUCUGCUGCAGUACAUUGAAGGAAACACAGAGAAUUCCCUGGACCACGCGCGGUGGGAGCACAUGCUGCUUCAGUUCCUAAGAACAUCUCUGGGGAUGAUAGACGACAGUGCCUGGAGCAGCCAGAUGAGCCUUGAGUUGAACCAGCAGAUGGCCAGCUAUGCCAGCCCCUCCCUUGAGAAGAGUUUCCUGUAUAAGGCGCUAGGAACGUCCUUAGCAGUUUGCCAGGACCUGGUCCAUGUUAAAUCCCAGCUUCAUCAAUUUUUGACAGCAACAGAUUAUAUGGAAGCCCCUGAGAGACAGGGAGUCAUUUCCAUCCUCGCACUCUCUGCUGAGAGCCACUUGGACCUCACCCUGAACGCACUUCAGGAGUUUGGGGCUACAGUGAGCAAGGUUACGAUUCCUGGGUUCAUCAGCCGCCUGAAGGACUACCACCAUGGGAGAAGAGGCCAGACUCGCAGCACCCUGAUGCUGACCUACAGCAGCGUGGCUGUCCAUGCUCCAAAAGAACAGCUUCUCUCCCGAGUAGAGGCAGACAUCACAAAGAACAUCCUUCUCCAUUACAGAGCCAGUUGUCAGGUGCUGGGCAUCACUGUUGCGAACAAGGACAUGAACCUAAAAUUAACCCUCAUCCAGAAUGUCAUGGAGAUUAGCUGUGCCAUCUUGGAGACCAGAGACUCCCAAGAGUUCGAAUUCUCAUACAAACUGGAGCUCCUUGGCUACAUGCUGGACUUCAUUAAAACGGAACCACUGGAUUCCCUGACAUCUCCAGUUCGCUACAAGGCAGUUCUUGCCAUUGGACAUCUGAGCAAGCUCAAACCAUCUCUGACCAUGGAGGAAAACCGUGAGCUCCUUGGUCAGUGCUUCAAAAGUUUAUUUCCCCUUCCUCCCUUGGAGAAGUUGAAAGAGGAAUGCGAGACAGCAAAGGAUGCUCUGCAUAUACAAUCACUCUACGUGAAGUCCUUGGAAGCCCUUGGCAAGCUAGUGGAGACUUUGCUGGAGGAAGAACCAACCGCAGACUGGUUCCAGGAAAUGUUUGAUCUCCUCAGGACAUGGUUCAGUUCGGGGAAGGAGUGGGAGAGAGAACGGGCCUUGCAGGCCAGCACCCAGCUGCUGACUGCCUAUCUAGGGACAGUUCAUAGCACAUAUGAUCCCAAGCUUUCGUCACGGCAGUUUGGGGUUGAGCUCUCCCGACUGACCAAUGAGGAGCAAGCGGUGCCACUGGUGGUGGAGAAGCUCAUAAACUACAUUGAAAUGCAUGGAUUGUACACCGAGGGCAUUUACAGGAAGUCAGGCUCAACCAGUAAGAUAAAGGAGCUCCGACAGGGUCUUGAUACAGAUAUUGACAAUGUGAAUCUAGAUGACUACAAUAUUCAUGUCAUUGCCAGUGUGUUCAAACAGUGGCUGAGAGAUUUGCCCAAUCCCCUCAUGACCUUCGAACUCUACGAGGAAUUUCUGCGAGCUAUGGGCCUGCAGGAGAGGAAGGAGACCAUCCGAGGCGUGUACUCUGUCAUUGAUCAGCUCUCUCGCACCCACCUCAGUACCCUGGAACGCCUCAUCUUUCACCUUGUGAGGAUUGCCCUGCAGGAAGAGACCAAUCGAAUGUCAGCUAAUGCCCUGGCCAUUGUGUUUGCUCCCUGUAUUCUCCGCUGUCCUGACACAACUGACCCACUGCAGAGCGUUCAGGACAUCAGUAAAACAAUCACCUGUGUGGAGUUGAUUGUCGUAGAGCAGAUGAAUAAAUACAGGGCUCGUCUCAAGGACAUCAACAGCCUGGAGUUUGCUGAGAACAAAGCAAAAAGCAGGCCGUCUUUGAUCCGCAGAUCAAUGAAAUUCCGGGGAUUGCCAGAGUUUGAUUCUGGCAGCAUUUGCUUAAGUUGGGUUUGCAGGAAGAGAGUCCUUAAGAACUUGAACCUUGAGCUAAUGACUGAUCCCAUGCUCAGGGAGAAGAAGUUGCUUAAGAGUGUCUUGCGCAUCUUGGAAGAAAGGUCACAGGAUAGGAACAGCAUUGUCCGUCAGAUGGCUGUAAGAGGCCUGGGAAAUAUAGUCGAUGGGGCGCCUGUGAAGGUGAAAAAAUACAAGAAGUUUCUUCUGGACAUACUGAUCGGGGCCUUACAUGAUAUUUUCAGUUCUGAAGUGAUUGGUGAGAGCAUGAAAGCACUGGCCAAAGUCCUGAAGGAGCUGAAAGAGAAGGACAUUGGUUCUUCCUUCAAAGACCUCACCCAACAGAUCCGGACCUACUUUGACGAUGAGGACGAUGCUCUUCGCUCAGUGGCCUUUGUCCUAUUUGGCAUCCUGGCUCAGUUGACAAAGAAAAAACGGAAGGCCUAUUUCGCUGAGCAGGUUCGAAAGAGCUGGGUCACACUUCUGCUGCACCUGCAAGACCCAAGCCCCAAGGUUUCAAUGGAAUGCAGAGCUACGUUUCACCUCUGUUUCCCGUUUUUGGGACUGAAGAGACUCCAACAUGCGAUCAAUAGGCACCUUGGUGGCAGAGCCGAGCUGAAGCCUGAAGAGCUCCAGGUGGACAUUUGCAGACACCUUGCCAAAGAAAAUGCAGAACUGCUGGAGAACUUGUACAGCACCACCAUCGCUUACUUCAGUAGCAGCUGGGAAGGGAUCCGAGCAGUUGCCGCCAACUUAGCUGGCAUCAUCCUGGAACACACAGACACUCAGCGUAUGAAAUGGCUGGACCUGGAACAUCUGCUGAUGUCUCUCCAGGUCCUAGAGAAAGACCCAAGUCCCACUGUCCAGCUGGUGGCAACUGAGCUCAUAAGUGACAUCUGUCCUGGCCGAGCGCUUGGCGAAUGAAGCAGAACGGAGACCAACAGAACAAGGCGCUCCAGUGGUAUAAGGGCCCUACCAUCAAUCAAAUGUUAACCUCACCCCUUGACCCCGGCAGCAAGAUGUGUCAUGUGACCCCUCUAAGAACUCCUCCCACUUUCCUCUACCAAUCAGGAUGGGUUUCGCCCCAAUAGGAAUGCCCCGAGAGAAGACUUGACCAAUCAGGGGGAGUUCCGGGGCAGGUGACGUGUCCUUUGUGUGACCCCUCUAAGAACUCCUCCCAUUGCCAUCUACCGAUCAGGAUGGGUUUCAGCCACUGGGGAUCACUCCAAGAGGAGAUUUGACCAACUGGGGGGAAUUCUGGGGUGGGGUGACCCAUCCGGAAGUGCUUCAUGUGACCCCUCUAGGAACUCCUCUCACCACCCUUUACCAGUUGUGAUGGGUUUCAGCUGCAGAGGACUGCCCCAAGAGGAGAGUUGACCAAAACAAGGUAGGUUCUCGGAAGGGGUGAACCUCCCAGAAGAGGGUCGUGUGACCCCUCUAAGAACUCUUUCCAAUGCCCUCUGCCAAUCAGAGUGCAGCACAUCACUUCAUAAGUCCCAGCGCUGGGCAGAGGAGGCCAUCUCUUACCAAGAAGACGUGUUUUAUGAAUUGUGGAAAGGCUGAGAGGAGACAUGGACUCCUUUACCACUCCCCUGAGAACUUCAGACUUUGUUUUAGCCCUGAGGACCUUUGGGCUUGUAUGGAUAAAGCGCUAUAGCAGUUACAGUUCCGAGGAGGGCCCUUUGACUUGACCAUUGAUAGAUACCUCGGGACCCGACCCCGAACCCUCGUGAAGAACCCUGAUGAGUGUGACGACCCCCCCCCCCAAAGUUGGAAGAUGAUCAUGGCUUGGGGGAGUCACUGGUGGACAAGGUGAACGGGAAAGACGUUGCUCAGGUCAAUGAUGCCUUUCAAGAGGCCUUUAAGAACUUACACAUCGGUAGCCCUGUCGUGCAUCAGCUGUUUUUGCUCCUGUCUGAGAUGCAGAUCUCAAGAGGAAAAUCUGGAAAAGGACAAAAUAGAAGAAUGAACCAGCUCAGAGUCCUUCAUUGUAGGGGUCAUGGCAUCCAUUUUUACAGGUGGCUGUCAAAGGUUGUGUUAAACUAGGCAAUUAAUUAAACUUAUUUAAAUGUGUCCCUGUGACUGUAUCCCCCUCCAUACUUGUGUUAGUAAAAGACGGUACCAGGAACAGUUCUGUCUCCACAGACAGCUCUGUUAAUGAAAAUAUAUUACAUCCCCAGGGAAGCUGGGAGCUUUGGUGGGGGAAUCCUCUUUUUCGAGUGGCCAAAAAGCACAGUAAAACUUUAAAUAGAAGACAGGUAACAGCUUAGCUUUCAGAUCAGAUUUUUUCACUUUACACAAACUGGCUCAAAUACAUUUUAAAAGAAACAAGACCAUUGUUUCAGAUGUGGACGUGCAAUGGCAGGCAGAUUUGGUAGAUGUGCACCGGUUCUCCAAACACAACAGAGGCUUUAAGUACAUCUUAACGGUGAUAGACGUUCUAUCCAAAUAUGCUUGGGCCUUAGGCCUAAAAGACCAGAUGAAUGGUGAGGUAUCCAAGGCCUUUAAAGCUAGUUUUAGCGAAGGCCGCAUGCCUCAAAAAUUACAAACUGAUCGGAGGAAAGAAUUUUUAAACAAACCUUUUAGCAGAUUGUUAAAACGGCAUGGCGUUCACCAUUUUGUUACUAAUAAUGAAGUCAAAGUAGGGGUAGUGGAGCAAUUUAACAGAACUUUAAAAAGAUGUGGAGGAGGUGGAGAUAUUUUACAGCCCAUAACACUUUUCGCUACAUUGACGUGUUAUCUGACUUUAUAAAGAAUGACAACCGGACCUUUCACAGAACUAUACGUACCAGACCUGCUGAUGUUAAUCCUUCACAUUCUCUGAAGAUAUGGAAAACAGUUUAUAGAGAUGGUUUUAAAAUAAAAUCGGUUGUUGCCCCUUUUAGAAAAGGCGACCACGUGAGACUAUCUAAAGUCAAAGGAGCCUUUGAAAAAGGUUAUGAACAGACGUUUACUGAUGACCUAUUUAUAGUGGAUGAAGCCUUAACCAGGAGCCAGAGCCCUGUAUACUGAUUAAAAGAUUACGAGGGUGAGACAGUUACUGGAUCUUUUUACCCUGAAGAAUUACAAAAAGUAAACCCCAAACAAGACAGGAUUUACAGGAUCGAAAAAGUUCUAGCGGAUAAAGGAAAAGGGAGAAAAAAGCAGCUACUGGUGAAGUGGUUGAGGGAGGCGAUAAGUUUAACAGCUGGGUGGAAGCUUCUCAACUCUGUGACAUUUAGAGACGGAUAAAACAAACAAACAAAGAUUCCUCCUGCAAAGACAGAGAGAGAGAAAAAUGAGCGACAGCGGGUUCUACAUUACGUUGCCCAGCAAUGCCAGCUCUGCAGUUUUUCCUCAGAACACCAGCUUGAACUUUACAAUACGGCUAAUUAAGCCCUAGGAUCUCCGGAGAGCCUGGGAGGUGGGUUAGUGGAAAUACAAUACCCACACAGCCAGAACACUGUCAACACUGAGGG